AUGAUAAAUGGUAACACUGUCAUUGGAAAAAGGGUCAGACCACAGAGGGCAGAGUCACCAGUGCCCAGCUGUCAGUCUGUGAAGAGUGACUGGUCCAUGGAGCUUCCUGCUAAUUUCCUUGGCAGUUCUGUCCCCUCUGAUCCAAGGGUCAGACCACAGAGGGCAGAGUCACCGGCGCCCAGCUGUCAGUCUGUGAAGAGUGACUGGUCCAUGGAGCUUCCUGCUAAUUUCCUUGGCAGUUCUGUCCCCUCUGAUCCAAGGGUCAGACCACAGAGGGCAGAGUCACCGGUGCCCAGCUGUCAGUCUGUGAAGAGUGACUGGUCCAUGGAGCUUCCUGCUAAUUUCCUUGGCAGUUCUGUCCCCUCUGAUCCAAGAUCAAGUCAAGCUGAUCCAUGGAACGCUGUGUGCCUCCUGGCCCCGGAUCUUGCCGUCUUCCUCCUGCCUCUCUUCAUUUACCGCUUAUGCAGGAAGCUGCUUCGGCCCCCAGUCCAUGCGGCCGCCCAUGAGAACCACAUAAUGCCCUCUGACCCUGAUGUAUGCAUGCACCAGCUCACAGAGGAAUGUGCACUAACAGUCCAAGAGAAACUGAAGUCCAGUCUGAAGAAGAGGUUUGAGUGCAUAUUUGAAGGGGUUGCAACAUCAGGAAAACACACCCUCCUCAACAAUAUUUACACAGAGCUCUACAUCACAGAGGGGGACAGUGAGAGGGUCAAUAACGAACACGAGGUGUGGCAGAUUGAGACAGCAUCUAGGAAACAGAUCACACAAGACACUGCAAUUAACUACAAUGACAUCUUUAAGCUCUUACCUGGACAAGAGAAACCCAUCAGAACUGUGCUGACGAAGGGGAUUGCUGGCAUUGGAAAAACAGUCUCUGUGCAGAAGUUCAUUCUGGACUGGGCAGAAGGAAAAGCCAAUCAGGAUGUUCGUUUCAUGUUUGUUCUUCCUUUUCGGGAGCUGAACUUGAUUAAUGAUGAACAGUACAGUCUGCUUGGGCUUCUGCAUGUCUUCCACCCUGAAACGAGAGGGAUUGAAAACAUUGAGUCUGAUGUUGACAAAGUUUUGUUCAUCUUUGAUGGUCUGGACGAAAGCAGAUUUUCCUUUAAUUUCCAAAACACCAAUGUAUUGUCUGAUGUAACAGAGACAUCCUCAGUGGACGUGCUGCUGACAAACCUCAUUAAGGGGAAUCUGCUUCCCUCUGCUCUCCUCUGGAUCACCUCCCGGCCAGCAGCAGCCAAUCAGAUCCCCCCUGAGUACGUCCAUCGACUGACAGAAAUACAAGGUUUCAAUGACUCACAGAAGGAGGAGUACUUCAGGAAGAGAUUCAACAAUGAGAACCAGGCCAGCAGAAUUAUCUCUCACAUGAAAUCAUGCAGGAGUCUCUACAUCAUGUGUCACAUACCAGUCUUCUGUUGGAUUUCUUCAACUGUUCUGGAGCGGCUGUUGGGUGAAGCUGACUGUGGAGAAAUCCCUAAAACUCUCACUGGAAUGUACACCCACUUCCUGCUCAUUCAGUCCAGCAUCAAGAAUCAGAAAUAUCAGGGAAGAAAUGAGACAGAUCCACAAAAGCUUCUGGGGCUGGAUAAAGACAUGAUUCUGAAACUGGGGCAGCUGGCUUUUCAACACCUGGAAGAUGGCACUCUCAUGUUCUAUGAAGAUGACCUGAGAAAGUGUGGCAUUGAUGUUACUCAAGCGUCAGUGUACUCUGGGGUGUGCACAGAAAUCUUUAAAGAGGAGUCUGUGCUGUAUCAGAAGAAAGUGUACUGCUUUGCGCAUCUGAGCCUCCAGGAGUACCUGGCUGCGUUGUAUGUACUUCACUCAUAUGUAGUCAAGAAUGUAAAUACAUUGACAGGAUUUUCAAGUAAAAAGUUUCUAUUCUUCAAUCAGUCAAUCUAUGACUUGCACAAGGGAGCUGUUGACAAGGCCCUGGAGAGUAAGAAUGGGCACCUGGACCUUUUCCUGCGAUUCCUUCUCGGCCUCUCAUUGGAUUCCAAUCAGAACCUUCUCAAAGGCCUUCUGACAAAGACAGGAAGUAACUCAGGGAGCAUCAAGGAAACAAUCCAGUACAUCAAGGAAGUGAAGAGGGAUGAUCCCUCCCCAGAGAGGUGCAUCAAUCUGUUCCACUGUCUGGCUGAACUGAAUGAUGAUUCAUUUGUGAAGGAGGUCCAAACGUACCUGAGCUCAGAAAGUCAUGAAAGGAUCUCAGCUGCACACUGCUCUGCCCUGGCCUAUAUGCUCCUGACGUCAGAGGAGGUGCUGGAUGAGUUUGACCUGAGGAAAUACAGGACCUCAGACGAGGGGCGCAGGAGACUGGUUCCAGCUGUGAGGUGCUGCAGAAAGGCUCUACUCAGUAACUGUAACCUUUCAGAGAAGUCCUUAGAAAUUGUGGCCUCAGCUCUCCAGUCAGCCACCUCACCCCUGAGAGAGCUGGACCUCAGCAAGAAUAAACUGGGAGAAUCAGGAGGGAAGCUGCUGAGUGCUGCACUGAUGAGUCCAAACUGUAAACUACAGACUCUGGAUGUGAGCUUCUGUCAGAUGGGAAGUUCAGGAGUGGAGCUGCUCUGUACUGGACUGGGCAAAGUAUCCACUCUGAGAAUGGAUCAGUGUCGUUUCCGUGAUGAGUCCUGUGAUCUCGUGGCCUCAGCUCUCCACCAGUCAGCCAACUCCCAGCUGAGAGAGCUGGACUUCAGCAACAAUAAGCUGGAAGAAUCAGCAGCGAAGCUGCUCUGUGCUGGACUGACGAGUCCAGUGUGUGAUAUACAGGCUUUGAGACUCAGUAACUGUAACCUUACAGAGAAGUCCUUUGAAAUUGUGGCCUCAGCUCUCCAGUCAGCCACCUCACCCCUGAGAGAGCUGGACCUCAGCAAGAAUAACCUGGGAGAAUCAGGAGUGAAGCUGCUGAGUGCUGCACUGAUGAGUCCAAACUGUAAACUGCAGACUCUGGAUCUGAGCUUCUGUCAGAUGGGAAGUUCAGGAGUGGAGCUGCUCUGUACUGGACUGAGCAAAGUUUCCACUCUGAGAAUGGAUCAGUGUUGUUUCAGUGACGAGUCCUGUGAUCUCGUGGCCUCAGCUCUCCACCCGUCAGCCAACUCCCAGCUGAGAGAGCUGGAC